AUGGCUUCAAGGGUGAACAUUUGGGGCGCAUGCAGGUCCUUGGCGCUCCGGCCGCGGCCUGCCCGCAUUGCAUCGCAGCCGUUCCGGGGCCAGAUAUUGUCGACUCGAUUCUAUGCCGAUGAUGCGACCAACAGGCCCUCCGGUCCUCCCAGCGGAAACCUCUCCGCCUCGCAAUCGACUUCCGAAUCAAGGCCUGGACAUACCAAGGCUUCUUCGAACGAAUUGGCUCAGAAUGCCUCGGCGGAGGCGACACCGGCCGAUGCGCUAGACGAUGCCGCGUUGGAACAGAUCCUAUUCGGCGGGCGGACUGUAACAAGUCAGCAAGAGGGUGGCUUGACGGAAGCGCAAGAGGAGGCUCUGUAUCGCGAGGGUGUCAUUCCCCCGCCAGAGGAGGCAGAGGCUGUUGUCGCCAGGUCAGAGGCCGCCGCCGAAUCGCAGUCAAUAGUCUCUGUCGAGUCGGAGCUGCAAAAAGCUGGCCACAAGUUUGGCCUGCCGCAGAAGCCCUACCCGGAGGGAUUCCACGUCAAGAAGCGAUACCAUCCUGUGCUGGAGCAAAUCACCAGGCUGCUGAUGCGCCACGGAGAGCUCAGCGUUGCGCAAAGGAACAUGGCCACGGUCAUGAACUAUCUCCGAACGGCGCCCGCCCCCAUCUACAGCCCGAAAUUCCCCCUCCUACCGGGAACACCCCCGGCCUCCCACCUCCCUCUCAACCCCGUUCUCUACAUCACAAUCGCCAUCGACUCCGUUGCGCCGCUCCUCAAAGUAAGGAACAUUGCCGGUGCAGGUGGAGGUGGCCGUGCUCUCGAGCUUCCAGUGCCCCUCGCUGUAAGGCAACGCCGAAGGAUGGCCUUCCAAUGGAUCCUGGACGUCAUCAACAAGAAGCCGUCAAAGGGCAGUGGGCGGAACCAGUUUGCCCAUCGGAUAGCUGAGGAGAUCAUUGCCGUGGUGGAGGGCCGGUCGAGUGUGUGGGAAAAGAGGAAGUUGGUGCACAAGCUUGGCACGGCGGCCCGAGCCAACGUGGGGUCCAACAAGCUGAAAGCCAAGAAGAAGAAAUGA